AUGAAUUUCAACGUAGUUCUAAUCAUGGCUGUAAUCUUUGAAGGCUUGAUGUUUAUCAAGACUCAUGGGCCUCAAGAGAUCUUGCUAUUCGACAUGAGCGAUUGGGACGACACACCCGCCAUGAAGGAAAGUGUUCGACGAGAGCUGAGCGAAAAUUUUUGGACCGAUGCAGAAGAAUCUCAUCGCGGGGAGAAGCCGUUGGUUGAUUACAAAAACUGGGGUUUGAGGGUCAGCUACAGCGGCAAACACGAUGUAGCUUACAUUACCAACUAUGGGGAUAGUGAGUUGCAAUACUUAUUGCGAGACGGGCAAGCAGGACGGUUCUUGAGGUAUACAAUCAAGCCAAACCAGCAACACAGAAUCCCAUUUGAAGCAGGCCACUGGCUCAUGACCUGGAUUUGGAACCCUCCCCGUAGCUAG